UAUAAACAACCCUCGCGGCCGGAGAUAAAGAGAAGGAAAAUCGCUUUCCCUACAGAUGCCGGUGCCCGCCCUGCUGCCUUUUUUUCGCUUGGUAGUAGCCUCCGCUCCCCGGGCGGCCCAGCCCUCCAAACCAAUUGGGAAAGAUGCGGGAGGGAGCGGCAGGCGGAGGAGGCCGCGAGUAGAGAGCGAGAACUUUGCGCGGGAGGCGGAGGCGACGAUCCCUCCUUUUCCGAAUAGAGGGAGGCGAUCUGCGUCCUCCUUUACUACUCUUCUUCCCCACCCCAAUCUUCCUAUUUGGUGAAGCCCAAGCUGGUAAAGGAGGACCAUGGCGGCAGUGGCGGAUCAAGCGGGGAAAGAUUCGGAGGAGUUUGACGACUUCUUCAGAAAUAUAACAUGUGAAAAUUCAAUAGAUAUGGAGGAAUUUCUAAACGUCUCACUCAUUCCAGCAGCCAUCAUAAUUAUAGUGCUGUCCUUUCUUGAAAAAAGAUCAAAAAGAUGUUACUUAGAUGAAAAAUUGAAUCGACUUGGUGGAUAUUGUGGGAUUCUGUCACCCCUUGAUAUCAUUACAUACAGCAACCGAUGGUCACUUGGAUUUGCAUUUGGAAUUACGGCUGAUAAAGUGAUGUUCAUGUUGUUCACAGAGUACCACCGAGAGGGAGUUCCCAGCUGGGCUAAAGUUUUUUUGGUUAUAGCCAUGGCCAUCAGAGUAGGCAUCUCCUUGUACCCUUUCUUUGCCUGUCUGUCAACAAGAUAUGCACUUCUCGGAGCCAUACUGGGAUUUCUUUACACAUCAGCUUGGUUGUUCAUCACGAUAGUGAACCUUUUCCUGUGCCCUGAGGGUAAGAUUGUGGGCGAACAUGACAACUUCAUAGAAGCUUGGCCUUCCUUGCUGUGCCAGUUUUUUCUGCUGUGCCGAUUCAUUCAUAUUUUUGUGAAGGCCUUAAGAGCCCGAUGUAAGCUCAAUACUGUAAAUGAGGAGUCUUCUUUUGUGGAGAUACAUCAGAUGCAACAUGUCCAGCAACUGUUGAGGAAGCCCCCACCGAAGCCGCCUCAGGAGUCUUGGAUUAGGAGGAAGAUUUAUCACUGGGACCCUAACUUUCGAUUCCCGAGCAGAAUAAUCGCUACCGUUGUGGUUAUCAUCAUUUGUCUUUAUAUGUUUAUUGUGUCUGAAUUUUUUACGGCCAAGACUUUAUUUUCACGACCACUCAGAGCUUUAAAUGAUUUUAUCAGCACCGGACUUCUUUCUCCUAACAACACGUUAGAAGGUGCCUUUGAAGUAGUCGAUACUCUGAGAGAAUUUAUUUCUGUUGCAGAAGGUGUUUGGAUUUUCUCUACCGUUGUUGCCUCUGUCAUGAGUUUCAGUUACGUGAUUAACAUCUUGGCCAACUACAGAAAACACUUGAAGCAGCUGCAGGCGGGCCAAAGAUACUUCCUUCUGUCAGAAUCUAUCACAGUGUCAUCUUCUCUAAGUGUGGUAGCACUGGGGAGAUUCACUGCUUGCCAAAUUGCAUACAUACUGUGGGGGUACUUCAUCAUGCAUCUGGUACUGUGGGUAGUUGGGAUGAUUGUCAUGUACGUUUUUGUUUUGCCCAUGAAGCGUGGUGAGUGGAUGGAACUCCUGAACAAGUGGGGAACUGUGCUCCUCUCGUGUGUCAUUGUCAUGCUUCUUAAGAAGCUGGAGGUGCUUUUUGCUGUUAGGUUCUUUCUUCAGCCAAAGAUUUCACCAAAUGACAACCAAAAGCCUUUGGCGCUUGAUAACAGGAAAGCAUUUGUAAACUUCAGCUACUUUUUAUUCUUUCACUCGGUGGUGGUGGGCCUGUUUUCCUGUCUGAUGAGACUAUUGCGCAGCACCAUGUUGGGAGCCUGGCUGAUUGGACGAUUAGAUCAGCCAUUAAUGCCAAAGGGCUACGAAGCCUUCGAUGGAGGAUUCAAGAACUGGGUUGGAAUGCUGUUGAUGGACCAUUACCACACAAACCCCGUCCUUGUCUGCUUCUGCCACAUCCUUGAUGCCCAAAACAGAGGGACACAACUGCAAAGAGCCAAUGAACACACAGACAUCACUGAGAUGAUGGGAAGAGUGCCUAGGGUAUCAGGCAAAGCCAGGACAAGAUGGCUGCUGCUUUACACGCUUUUGAACAACCCCAGUCUCCAGAAAUUCAGGAAGCCAAGGCUAGGAUGUUAUUCAUUGGAUUUUCCACAGAACUCUUCUGUCUCUACAAUUAUAGUGGAUCCAUAUAAUAGGCCCAUAUAAUACACUUAGCUGUGCAAUUACCUCCUUGGGCUCAGCAAACAGAGACUUAAUAGAGGAUAUGGACUGUAGAGGUGCUGGUCCUGAUACUACGAGGUGUGUGCAGUGGCAAAAACGGCCGCAGCUCCAAGUCACAUUUUGCUGAGAGUUACAUGUUGGCAGCUUGUUCAUAGUGUUGUCUAAAUUGCCAUUUCUUCUGUUUCCACUAUUUAAUAUGCCACGGAACUUACUUUCUCUCCAUAUAAAGAUUUGGCUUGCAUGCCUGCUGGAAUUGUUAACAAACUGUACAAACCAUUGUCUCUGGCAAGAUUUAGUUGGUCUCUUUAAGAUCACAAAAGCAUGCACUUUUUUAUUUUCUUUUGCUCCUACAGUUGGACUUUUUUUUCCUGCCCAGACUGCAGGAGUCUGGCAGGAAAGCACAUCUGAGCUGGGAAACCAAAUUAGAUUGGUUUAGUAGGAAGCACAAGUUUUCCAGGCGACCAAAUUGGAAUACCAGUUUCCCAUACCAGUGAUGUGAACUGGUGUGUGCAUGAUUCCAAAGCUGCUGUCAGGUCAUGUGUUCUCAGGAUUUCUGUAUUAGUUAGCAGGUGCUUCCAAAGCUGGUCUUACUGUACUGGUGUAGCUGACCUUGCCACAAUGAAAGCCUCACCUUCUCUUGCUCUGUGUUCUAUUGACAUCAAAUGUGAUGUGGCAUCAUUUUGCAUGUCUAAUGCUAACAGGUGAGGAAAUAAUUCCAGAUGUUCCACUGGGACUUUCAUAUUCUGCAUUCUGUUAAAUGCACAAAAUGAAGACUGUGCCAUCCCUGAUGACAGACAAGAGAAUUUAUUGGGGUGGGAGGGAAGAAAUCAAACACAAAGCACAGGGUUGGGGAACUUGUGGCCUUCUAGAUGUUGUUGGACUACAGCUCCCAUGUCCCUGUCCAUCAGGAAUUCUGGCUGGGGCUGAUGGGAGUUGGAGUCCAACAACAUCUAGAGGGCCACAGAUUCCCCAUUCCUCACACAGUGUGUUUUCAUCUUGCCAGUGUAACACUCCUCAGUAGGGAAGGGGAACUAGUGGUCCUUCAGAUGUUGGUGGAGUCCACUGCCCCAAAGCUGAAACUAUCCUAAUAGUCAGGGAUGAUGGAAGGUGUAGUUCAAGAAUAUCUGGAAUAUUCUGGAUGGCCACAGAUUUCUCAUCCCUGCUCUUACCUAUCUGUCUUGCAAAUGCAUGCAUACAGGAAUUUCCAGGAGAAAAGUGGCAAAUGAAGAUUAAAAUUUUCUCUUGCUAACAUGCACUUUCAAAUGGCAGAGAACAGGAGUGGUGUGGAAUGCAGAAAAGGGAAGGGGGAAAUGGAGAUUGAAGGGUAAAUCAGAGGGGAUGAGGGGAUAAGCAGAGAAUAUAAUAUUCAAAGUUUUAUGGGGAGAGGGCCUACAUGUUGGGAAAAGAAUUUCUAAGCUAGCCUACAUUUGCUUAAUCAAACAAGGCCAAAAAGAGCUGAAUUCAAGAGGACAAUGACAUUGCUAUCUGGUCUGCUUUCAACGUUUGGGUUCAAGUCUGACCUCUGCACACGUUCUGGGAUGCGACAUCAAACACAAAAUUGGAUCAGAUGAGGAGACAUUUGCAAUCACCUGCUAAACUCUGGGCAUUGUUGUUUCUCUGAAAGGAAAAGGCUCUUUUUGGGGAGAUCUAGUCAACUUUCUUUUCCACAACAAAUCGUAUUGCUCACAUAUAUAAUAUUUGAAGGCUCUACCAUUUCCAUAAAACAUAACUGGCUUUGGAAGCAGAAAUGUUUCUCUAAGCAUUACCAUUAUAAGAUUUAUCAUCUUCCUAGCGGAACUUAAAACUGCUGUGUGGGUGGAUGCUUGGACCUUUUCACUGACAUCACAAAUGCCAAUGUUUGCGGUUACUUGGGGGAGAGGGUGGUGUCUGUUUUUUCGGAAUUUCUAAUUUUACAUAUUUUGCUACUCUUCUGUAUUUGGAUUGUAUUGGAUUCAAUAAAAACAAUAGUGAAAAAUUCUAAAA